UCGGCGAACACCACUCGGACACAGAGCCUUGUCGUGUCCUCCCACUCGAAGAGUCCGGCACCACGCGAACUCCUCCGCGCGGCUGGCGCUCGCAGCAAUGGGGGAGGCUGCGGACCCGGCGCCGGCGGUGGAGGCGGCCGCCAAGGGCCGCGUGGCGCCGCCGAUGCCGUGGCGGACGCGGCUCGCGGUGCUGGCCGCGGGGUACGUCACGGACGCCACCCGCCGCGCGGACGGCACCGUCAACCGCCGCCUGCUCGGCGUGCUCGACAAGGGCGUCGCGGCGUCGGCGACCCCGCGGAACGGCGUCGCGUCCCGGGACGUCGUCAUCGACCCGGCCGUGCCCCUCCGCGCGCGCCUCUUCCACCCCGCCGCCGGCGGAGCGGAGGACCGCCGGCCGCUCCCCGUGAUCGUGUUCUUCCACGGCGGCGGGUUCGCGUACCUCUCCGCGGCGUCCCCGGCCUACGACGCCGCCUGCCGCCGCAUCGCCCGGCACGCAGGCGCCGCGGUGCUGUCCGUCGACUACCGCCGCGCGCCCGAGCACCGCUUCCCCGCCGCUUACGACGACGGCCUCGCCGCGCUCCGCUUCCUCGACGACCCCGCUAACACCGCCCGCGACCCGCCGCUCGACCCCUCGCGCUGCUUCCUCACCGGGGACAGCGCGGGCGGCAACAUCGCGCACCACGUCGCGCGCCGCUACGCGCUGGACCCGUCGGCCUUCGCCGCCGUCCGCCUCGCAGGGCUCGUCGCCAUCCAGCCCUUCUUCGGCGGUGAGGAGCGCACCCCCGCCGAGCUCCGCCUCGACGGCGCGCCCAUCGUCAGCGUCCCGCGCACAGACUGGAUGUGGCGCGCGUUCCUGCCCCCCGGCGCCGACCGCACCCACGAGGCGUGCUCGCCCGACGCCGCGGUGGCCGGCAUCGAGUCCGCCCCCGCGUUCCCGCCGGCCACGGUGGUCGUCGGCGGGUACGACCCGCUGCAGGACUGGCAGCGCCGGUACUGCGAUGCGCUGCGCGCCAAGGGGAAGGAGGUGCGGCUGCUCGAGUACCCCGGCGCCAUCCACGCCUUCUACGUGUUCCCGGAGUUCGCGGACGCCAAGGACCUCAUGCUAAGGAUCAAGGACAUCGUCGCCGGCAGCGAGUGAUGAUGGCGGGCGGCGCGGCGCGGCGCGGCACGGCACGUGUGGCGUGGCCGCGCGCAGCUUUCGCCGCCGAGCUUCUGGUUGGGGUAGCCGAGGAUUAGGUUGGUGGAUGUGUGAUUGUGUCGGGUGAGUGACUGGGGUCAGUGACGUGGACUGGGACGGUGGGAUGUUGUGUGACGUGGACCUCAUCACACAAAACGUGUGGGAUACGCGUCAUCACAAGUUUACUAGUGUGUGGGAUCAUGGCGAUAAUGAGUGAUGCAAAUUAAUGUUAAUUUUCGUGUUUCAUUAUGAUGAGUGUUUUUCCUUGAUGAAA